ACUGACGUAUCCAUGGCAACGGCUUCUAGUGUCGAUCCCCCCCAAGAUGGCGGACGCGGAAACAACCGCAACGCUCCCAGUUGCUACUGAAGCCAAGAAACGUCGGGCGCCUAAAGCUCCAGAGCUUCCUAUUGUGGAGAGAAGAAACUGGUUAAUUCAUCAGCACUAUAUCCUCAAAGACUAUGAUACCUGUAAGGUUAUCAUCAAAGACCAGCUGCAGGAGACUAAUGGGAUGUGUGAAUAUGCCAUAUAUGUUCAAGCACUAAUCCUUCGUCUUGAGGGCAAGAUCCAGCAGUCCCUGGAGCUGUUUCAGAGCUGUGCCAUCUUAAAUCCCAACAGCGCAGACAAUCUCAAGCAAGUGGCCCGAUCACUAUUUCUUCUGGGAAAGCACAAAGCAGCUAUUGAAUUCUAUCACGAAGCUGCGAGACUCAACGAGAACGACUGGGAGAUCAGUCAUAAUCUGGGAUUGUGCUAUUUCUUCAUCAAAGACUUCAAAAAUGCUGAAGAGCAUCUAAAGAUAGCUCUCAAGAUAAACAAACAUGACAAGACUUUCAUGAUGCUCGGGAGGGUUCACCUGCUGGCUGGAGAAACUGAUAAGGCCAUAGAGGUGUAUAAGAAAGCAGUGGAAUUUUCUCCAGAAAACACUGAACUCCUCACUACUCUGGGCCUGCUGUUUUUGCAGCUUGGGAAAUACCAGAAAGCAUUUGAACAUCUUGGGAAUGCCCUCACUUUUGACCCCAACAAUUAUAAGGCCAUCCUGGCUGCAGGCAGCAUGAUGCAGACCCACGGUGACUUUGAUGUGGCUAUGAACAAGUACAGGGUGGCAGCAUGUGCUGUGCCGGAGAGCCCCCCUCUGUGGAACAACAUUGGCAUGUGCUUCUUUGGGAAAAAGAAAUAUGUAGCUGCCAUCAGCUGCCUGAAGCGGGCUCACUACUUGUCUCCUUUUGACUGGAAAGUGUUGUACAACCUUGGUCUGGUACACCUUACCAUGCAGCAGUAUGCCUCUGCCUUCCACUUCCUCAGUGCAGCCAUCAAUCUAAAUCCACGAAUGGGGGAACUCUACAUGCUGCUGGCAGUGGCUCUGACCAACUUGGAGGAUGUCGAGAAUGCCACCAGAUCUUAUGAACAAGCUGUGACUCUGGACGAAUCCAGCCCCCUGGUUAACCUGAAUUUUGCAAUCUUCCUCUAUAAUCAUGGUGACAAGAAGGGAGCUCUGGAUCAAUACCAGGAGAUGGAAAGGAAAGUCAACCUACUCCGAGACAGCAGUAGCAACUUUGAAUUUGAUCCUGAGCUGAUGGACAUGGCUCAGAAGAUGGGAGCUGCUCUACAGGUGACAGAGGCGCUGGUGUGGACUAAACCGGGCAAGGACUCGAAAUUAAAACCAAACUCAGCAGCAGCCACCAAAACCCCCGGUGCUCCCCUCGGUACCAACCAAGCCCUGGGUCAGGCCAUGUCUUCAGCUGCAAGCUACAGCAAAAACAUUCAACUCUCAGCAGGGGUGUCCCGAGGCCCUUCCAUGGCAGGUGAGCCAGAAGAUGAAGCACUGGAAGCCCCCAGCCCACCUUCUGAUCCUCCAGAAUCCCCAGAGCCUGCAGGGUCAGACAAUCCCAAACACAGAACCUCCAGGAUGAAAACUAAGGUGGCGGAAUGAAUUCACGUGGCGGCUACAGUCUUAAAACUACUCGGUAUCUGUGUCAUCUUUGAGGUCACUCAUUUGCAACGUCGGACACUGAAGCCUCUUUGGCCACAACCAAGCUACCGUAUUUGUGCUUUUCUAGCUCACUGUAGUUCAGCCUUGGUUAUAAUUUAGCAGCACAGAAAUUCCAUGUCCUGCUCAACCAUUCCCAGUGAAAAGGGCGAGGUCAGUGUGUUCGCCACUGUCAUGCCAUUGAUCUUAAAUGUCAGUACAGGACAUAAUUCAUCAAUGUAAACCAAAAGUCUGUUAACAUAGUUGUACAUAUUUGUACAUGUGUCAGUUUGAGAAAGUCUCUAUUCAAGAAAAUGGUCAUAUGGAAACGUGUGAUGGUGCAAGCAUUCAUUUCUUAGCAACAAGGUUAAAGGAUGAAUUUUACUGAUAUUGACAUUCUGAUGUGAUCCAUUCAAUGUGAAGGAAAUGCUGUGACAAUCACUGCUGCAAUGUGAGGACAGAGUGUGCGCUCUUUGAAUAGUUCCUGGAUAUGGAUUGUUUGUUUGAUAGGACUUGAGUAUAAAUAGUGAUACAUGCUUUUAUAUGUGGAUAAAUGUUGUUUAUAGAGUACUGUAUUUAAUAUUAAAUAAGAGACUUUAAAUAAAA